AUACAUACAAGCACUAAAGAUAUGUGCUUAAAAACAAGGGACACAAGAAACUGAGCGUAAAAAAACAAGAAUGCCAGUUUCGUCUCCAAUAUUUCGCUUCCCAAUGGCAGGAUUGAGUACAAGCUUUGACAACGAUGCCAGAAUGGACACCAUCGAGAAGACGUCCACUAGAGAAAAACUGUCAAGAACCUGGUCCGAGGGUAAAGUGUUACGUCACACUCACAAGUGGGCACUCUCGUACCAAAGUGUUCGACAGCAACAACUGAAGAUGAGAAAUCCUGAAAGUGUUGAGGCAAAGUUUGAAAGAUACAGAGCUUGGUAUCUGUCCCGUAGCCCAGAGGAAGAGCUUCGGUACCUCAACACCGCCAUCGUCGGCAUACGGAGGUGGCUGCGGAAAAAGCAGGACGACCUCAAACGUCUUUACGACGGCCACGAGGACUACGAAAUAUCAAGACUGGUCAACAUACAGAGUAUACUGACAGAGGCGUAUGACCAGAGAGAAGCUGUGGACUUGGUAGUGGACCGUGGACAGCGCUACCUUCGACAGCACUCAAAUAUUGUCUUGGAGGUGGACCUAGAUAAUUUGGUCUAUCUGUGGGAUACAUACAGCGACAAACUCUACAAACUUAGUGCACACUCCUCCCCGCUACAAGGUGGGAAUCUUAGCACUCCAACGCGAUUAUUCGUGCCAGAGGUUGAAGACACCGAGAGAAGGCUUUUUUGGGAUCAACUCAGCCCAAACAAGCCAACUUACAGAGAUGUGGAUGUUUGUUACUUUCCUGACCGGCCCAGGUCUGAGGGAUUAACACAACUGAGGUUGUCCCCACGGUUCCUAGAUGGUGUCAAAAAUGGGUCAAGGUCAGUAGGGUCAAGGUCAGCAGGAGCUGAAGUGUUGGUGGAGAGAGGGAAGGAGAACAUCCCACCCUCUCCGGGAUACAGGAUUAAGCAUGACCAUCAUGAGACUGAUUUAAACCCAGGGUCUCAUCAUUUUGAGCUUAUAUCAAAGGUUUUAGGAAGCAGUAAUCAAAAGCGAGUCAUGGAGCCCUUGCAGCAAGUGGAACUUGCUAAGGGUGGUGUUUUCGAGAUCCAUGUGGUCACUCCAGAAAAGAACGGAAAGGAUAGUCUCUUGGAUACUUUUGCAGAGUUGGAUUUACCGACGGAAGCAAAACGGCGGAAGAUGAAUGGGGAUACUCCUAGCAGUAUGAGCAGUCGCUCUGUGUCCCCGUCAGCCUUCGACUGGUGGGAUGAGAGUCGGAGCAGCACCCCAGGUGGCUCUCCGGCCCCACGCUCACUGGUCGAGUUCAAACGAAAGUAUCGCAAGGAUGAAUUGUGGAAGGCUAUCGAGUCACAUUACCAAUACUUGAUGGGCAAGGAGAUCAUUGAGACAUGCAGAUCCACUGAGAGUGACCUGUCCCUGGAUGAUGAAGAUUUCGCGGGUAAUCCCAACGUUUCGUUUGCUGAGUUUCUUCAGCAGUAUCGAGAACUCACGGAAUGGCUGAAUCAGAUACAUCUUGUUACCAAGAGAAGCUACAUGUGUCUCUCUGAGAAGUAUCUGAACCAGACAUACCAUGAGGAAAUGCUAGAAAGGUCUCCUCGUCGCAAGUUCUUCAACGAGUAUGCAAAGCAACUUUUGUUGCGCUACCCUCACAUGAAGGAUGAGAUCGGUACGAGGAUGAGCUUCCUUAACAACCAAUGGCAGGAAGUUGAAGUUGCCAUAGCACCCAAACAUGGAUGCCAUGAUAAGAAAAACAUGAUUAAAGACCUGCAGUGUGACAUGAGCUGUCUGCGGAAGUGGUUGACGGAGGUGGAGAAGAAGUUGCUGAUCCAGACGGUGCGGCCAGAGUGGACGCGGGAACAGCUUCAGGAGAAGCUCAAGGAGCACCAGGUUCUGCAGCGGGACAUUGAGUCACAGUCGAAGGUGGUGUCAGCAGUGGUCAAGCUGAGUCAGCGAAUAAACAACGAUGAGAGCUUUAACGGUGACAUUGACACAGACGACGACCACUACACCCCCAUCUCCCCGCACACUGCAACAGGCCUGGAGCACCGUUGGCAUGGGGUGUGGCUGCAGUCGCUAGAGUGGCAGUGUCGGCUAGAGGAGGAACUGAACAAUCCAAAGGGUAUCAAUGGCCCAGGGUUCCAAUUCAAUGGUCACUUUAACCUCUCAGCCCUUGAGGAGUCCCAAGGCAGUGAGAAUGGCAGCACACAGGAUGUGAGCAGCAUUCUGGGUGAUAGUGAGGACGACAGUCUUCCUUACCUGGGUGGACGCCCGGAGAAGUUGACCGACACCCCACACCGGCUGGACAUCACCGACCGCAGUCUGUCUUGCAAACUAUCCUUCCUGGACAAGAGUAGCGGAGACAGCGCCAACAUCAGUGAGGCGGAGUCCAAGAUGGAGGACUCCCUGGCCUCUCCUGACAGCUUGGAGUUGCCACAGAGCAGCGAUGGUGAGCUGGAUCCAGCCAUUCGCUUCAUCUGCAAACAGGAAAACAAGGAUAUUGGAUACAGUAGUGAGAGUCACUCAAACGAUGAGAUCGAGUUGAUGCGGCUGCAGAGUCUCAUGGAGGAUAAGUUCCCUGGAAAAUGUGAGGUUGCCAGUGAUUCCCCCUUCCUGAGUGAUGUGACCACCAGAGGGCGCCCAAAGAAGGAGUAUUACCGUAUGGUGUCUGUGGAUGUUGACACUACGGAUAAGACUGAUAAUGAUGACGGGACGGACACUGGUAACCUUGAUGUGAGUGACAGAGCUGGUGGGAGUGAUGACUUGUUUGUUGUUGAAAUGACCAAGCAGAUCUUGGUUGAAACUACUGAGAAGUAUACAAGAUCGUCCGAAAAAUUUGAGAUUGAUCGUCAUAAUUGUAAUGCUUUGCUGCAGCCGAGUCAGUCAACAAGUGAACAGUCUGAGUUUGAGAACAACGGUGAGUCCAAGGACAAGAUUCAGUAUCUGAUUGACAAGGCAGAGGAUUUGGUCCGAUCUGCUCCAAAAGUGAUUCAUACUUCGACACCCAAGGUACAUGAGCGGAAAACACCCGAGAAACAGGUCCGAUCUGUUGGUUGUAAUACAGUGAUCAUCAGCUCAUGUGACGCAAGUGCCGAAGAUACAGACAAUGAAAGUUCUACGGAAGAGUUCUCUACAGCAACAGAUGAAGCUAGUGAGAAACAGUUUGACAGUGUGAUCUGUCUGGAUUAUACUUCAGACUCUAAAAACACCAGCCAUGAAAACGUGGCUCUGUCCCCUAUCCACUCCUCCCCAUUGUUUGAAAAUGUCCGACUACGCAAGCAGCAGUCUGGUCCACGCAGACUCAAAGACCGUCCAUGGAGUGUUGUGGAAAUGCAGGAGUUCUCUCGGAACUUGGAGUCGCAGCCAUUUUCCACUUCUGAGAGCGCCAUUGAUCGUAUGAUUCUCAGUAAAACUGACAGCCCUAGAUCCCCUCCCCCUUCUUUCCUCUCCCACAGGCAAGCCGCAACAUUCCCGCGUGAGACGAAAACAAGUCGUGAGAUGCGACGAUCAUUCUCUACCUCAGACCAAAGUUCCCCUCGAGGUGCUAAGCGGAAACUACGCUAUUCCUCCCAGAAUGACACCCUCCUAUCUUCCAGAGCAGCUAAUAUGAACAACUUGGUGCCUUCCACAGACUCUGAAGAUGACAUCACAAAGCAUAUUAGUGAAACUGAUGACAUGGUGGACCAAUUUGAACUGGCCCGUGUCCGAUCUAGUGGCAGCAGUGCAGAUUCAGAUUCAGACACAUCAGAUGCCUAUUUGACCCCCCUGGUUGAGCCCCUGACGUCGGACAACGAGGAUGUCCUGAACAGCACUGGUUCCUUCUCAGAGAAUGCCUGGGACAAUUAUCAGUCCCCACUGUACCCGGCGGUGUCUGAUGACCCCACGGAGGAGAAACUGCACUGGGAGCCCAUUGACGAGAUGGAGUUUGAUGACGACUUCCUGUUGCCAAACAAUAAAUCUAGUGCCAUUGCUGCUGCUGUUGCUGCUGACAAGAAAAAAGCUAAAAAUAAAAUCACGAUCCCUGCCCCUGCCCAGUACGAUGACAGUGACUCGGACAUCGAAGACUUCCACUACGUGUUGGACCAGUCAGCUGACCAGAUGAGACUGGCUGACCAAUCACUGAAGAAGAAGAGGAAAGACCCGAUGGGAACAGGCAUCUACCUCAAACCUGCUAAAUAUGCGGAGAUCAUGGCGACCUGUGUGACCAACAUCCGGUGCCUGGAGAGCAUCAGUCAACACCUGGAGCCCACGGACGUCACCAUGGACGACUGCCAGCGCAUGCAGGACAUCCUGUAUCAGUGGGAGAAGCUGCGAGCACUUGCGUCGGAGCGGCAAUGUCAGUCGACGCAGUUGGCCGGCAUCUACUCCCUCAUCAAUGAGAUGAAGAAGAAGCAUGAGGAGAUUGAGAGUCUGAUGCACACCGACAAGUUCAGCUCUGCUCAGGAACUGGAGGCAGCCAUUAAUAUGCUCAAGGAGCAGCAGCGAAGUCUCCAGGCACAGAAGGCUGAGGUGGGCGAUCUGGAGAAGGCAAUGGAUGCAUUCAAUGAGCAGUAUCCUGCCAUCCCCAUCAACAAGUUCUACACCGAGUUGGCCGACAUCCAGGAGACGAACAUUGAGCUGCAGCACAGCCUGCAGCAACAUGUGAUGAAGCAGGAGCACACACUGGCGAUAUGGUUCGAGUACCUGGAGAGCUGCAGAGAGAUGGACCAGCUGCUGGCCCAGGAUCGCGACCGACUGCAGAAGCUGCUGCGUCAGCGGGAUAACGGCAUGGUGGUGUUGAGGAAGGACCUGGUGAACGAGGUGGAGACACUCCAGUCUAGCUUGUCCGUGUACGAGUCUAAACUGUGCCACCUUCAGAGUCUCCGCAAGGAGCUCCAUGGAUCAUCUGAUGAGGACACACAGACAGAGUUCCUGGCCUCCCUGGCCGACAUCCGCAACCAACUGCUGGUGUAUGAACAGAACUGCCGCCAGAUUCAGCGCAACAUCCACGACGAGGAGGAUGAAGAGUUGGCCAUUGAGGCGUCGCAGCUCGGACAGCUCGCAGUAUCUGCUGCAGCCCUGCACGAGCAUAUCGCACGCAGUCGACGGGAAUCUGAGAGCGAUGAAGUGGAGACAACUGAGGAAGACAAAGACACACGUGCCAGCGGCUGGCUGUCGUCAUGCCCAGUACAGGUUGCCGCGGUGAUGCUGCUGGCAGGGAUCGUGUACUUGUUUGAUCCCAGCAUCCUUCAGGACAUGGCUAACUUCUCUAUCAGGAUCUCACCAGAGCUGAAAUAUGUUAACGGUCCUCCCCCAGUCUGAGUGAAUGAGUGAGCCAAUCAGAGAUCAGAAUGCUAGAUCCGAUCUAGCUGCCGCUCAGGUCCCUGUCGGACCUGUGUACAGUUACAACGCCCUCUAGUAGCAGAUUAAGACACAGUCUAUAUCUGCGGCGUGUCACGCAGCGGCCUGGGUGUACAUACAACCAUAUCAGGCAGAUAAGUAGAGCAGAUAGGGCCAGGCCCCACACAAAUGCACGCCAAUAUUCUCCAAAAUACAUCGGAAGCAAAUCAUACUCUAGAUACAUAUCCAAGUAACAAAAUUAUUUUAAAAUUAUUAAACACAUUAUCCAUGACAAAAAGAAUUUGGUAUUAAACUAAUAUUGAUAAUUAUAUCUAUAUAGUGCAUAUUGUUGGGGCCUGGAUGGGUAGACGCGUACAAAGAUGUACAUACAAAUCAUACAGCCAGGGGCUGAUAACACUGAAUUGUACAUACAGUUAUCCAUGGCAUGAUCACAGCAGUCACCACCACCAGCAGUUGAAUGUUCAGAAGUGUAGAUAUUAUGCUGGUGCAGUGUUUGGUCACGGCGGUCUGACAUUGGCUGCUUUGAAAGUUUUUCCUAAGUGGAUUCUGUUCAUAUUGCUGUACAUUCAGUCCAGUCGGAAGUAAUUUGCUAUAGGUCUCCGAUCUGUAGCUCAUGAAACUAGGCUCAGAACCAAAAUCCACUCACUUACAGUGGUCCAGUACCUGAUGGUACUUCCUGGGUAUCAUACUGGUACCUCCUUAACUUGCAAUAAUAGCUGGUUGAACAGCAAUAGUCUACAUACAAAAAGUUUAAUAUAUGUAUACAAUCUGACUAUUUAUACAUAGAUAUGGUAUAACAUUCAAAUACUUGUAAAUAAGUAGAUUUUACCUUUUCAAGAUAGGUAUAAACCUAUUAUUGGGUAUGAAACCACACAUAGUUGAAUAGAUGAUAUGAUAUGUAAUAUAUUGUAUAUUAUACUAGGAAUAACAGUAUGGUUAAAGAAGUGAUCAUUUGGAACAAUAUAUAAAAAUAAAUCCUGUCAAAGUACAGUGAUAAAUAAUGUCUUGAUAAAUAUUUUCACUUUAUCAUGAACAGUUUGCCUCGUAAAGCAUAACAUAAAAUCCUUUAGAUAAAUUAUGACUGUUUAAAGAAACAUUGACAAAUGAUUUCUUGACAAAUAUAUUCAUGAACAAUUCCUCAUGCAGCAUGGUCAUGUCCUCAGGAUAAUGAGCUGUGUUGCAUCCAAUGUUGUUACGAAAGGAAUAAAUAUGCAUGAACCUGAAAGGGCAGUUUAUAGUGCUAUUAUUUCCAUGUUUUCAUCCUUCGUGUACCGGUCUAGUCAGUAUCUGUAAUCAAAGUUUGGACCUGAAAUGUAUUUGUGAAUAGGCAGCAAACUUUUAUGUGUUUCUGAAAUUUUAUCAAAAUUUUGAUUUUGAUUUUGAUAAUUAGAUUUGACUUUGUGACUUUUAUAUAAAGAUAACAAACUGUUACUGCCAUGAAAUGGUUGUAUGAAUCAUUGCUGAAAUUUUUAACACCGGUGUGUUUUGUAUUCUUUUCUAUAAAACACUUCGGUGAACAUCAUUAUUUCAUCUCUGUUAUUUCAACUAUCAGCAUGUAUAUAACAACUAUCAUGAUCAGGCAGUCUUGGUGUUAUCACAGUAGUUAUUGUUGAUAACAUCUUAUCACUGUUAUCAUAGUGGAGAAUGUUUGGUAUCAACAAGAAUAUUAAUGUUGAUAUCAUGCUUAAGAAUAAUGACAGUCAAUGUUAUUAGAUGAGUUACAUAUUUAUAUCAAUUUAAAGAACACAAUUGAUAUUAAUGGAGCAAUAUAAUGGGAAGAAUCAAUGAUAAUAUCAAGGAAAUUAGAUGUUUAUAUCAGAGAUAACAAGCCUCAUAUGAAAUGUCACUUUGGAUUUUCAUAUUGGUAUUGUUUUCAGGAAAUAAUAACAUAGCCGGAAUAUGUGGAGAUGUGAAUAAAAUACAUCUAUUCGGUUUAUUGCUAUGACUAAAUAGCCAAUGUUUCUACAGACAGUAAUCCUGUCUUUGACGACAUUGUAGAGAAAAGAUCUAUCUAUGCGAAGUGUUACCAUCGCCAGUUUACAGUGGCUGUCAAUCAGGAAGUGUACAAGAUACCAGGUGCUUGUUUGAUGUACACUGACAGCGAAAUGUACACAUGUAUAUAGGGUGUUUUGUUGUAACCAACACCUGUCUUAUACCUUAUAAUUCUUGGCAGCAGGGAAAUAGAUUUUUAUUCAAGGAAACGUAAACCACACAUCAUAGUACAUUCACUAACACGAUGCUUUUGUCAUCAAGAAAUUACCACGACUAGGUUGAGUUGUAGGCCUGUCCAAAGUCGGCUCAGACUAAUUUAUAUCUUGACGUUUAUCAAUUUCCACAGCUACUCUGGGAGUGACAUAGUUUAUGUGAUAAGACUUGUGGUGAUUUGUCCAUCACAUUUUAGUGUAAUGGUUCUCAGUAAUUCUCUCAGCUCUGGUGAAGUUAUGAUGGGAAGAAUGCAGUGUUGUGACUAUCAGCUGUUGUUGACACUGUGUGUGUGUGUGUUGCAUUGUUAAUUGCUUUGUUUGUUGUCUUGCAUUGUGAUGCUAACAAAUAGUCAUUUAAAUCCUUAUUAUUUAUAGAUAUUUGACAUUUUAGCAUUUUUGUUAAAGCUUUGAAAAUUGAAGCAGCAUAAAUGGUUUUGCUUCUAAAUUUCAUAUUUUCAGUGUUGAUAUGAUUUGUUAAACAGACUAGACUCCGUUUAUUUGAUACCGGUAUUCUUGAACUUACAAUAAUUAUUGUAAACUUUGCUUGUUAGAUCAGUGAGUAUUGUGGGGAAAUAUUUCCUACCCCAAUUUCUGGAUUGUCUUGUUAAUGAACUUUCUCAAUGAAACGCAUUUGCAUUUUUACAUCACAUUGAAAUAUAUUUUUCUUUGUAGACAACUUUUGUACCUCUUGAUUAAGUGCCUGUUGAGUUACUCAAUUUUUGUACCUUAUUUCUUAUUCCAAUUGAAUACUUCUGAUGGAUGUUCAUUUUGUUGUUAUCACCGUUUAUAUUGUAGUGAAAAAAACAUGGAAUAUUUCAGGUAGAACUUUCUAACAUUUGUACGAGGGCAUAAAUGGAAAUAUCUUCCGAAUUGUUUAUUAUUUUGUAAAUAUUUCCAGAGUACUAGAUUAGGAAUAUUUUUUUAUAGUGUCAUUCAAUAUUUACAGAUACUCCUUAAUCUACUUUGAAAAAAAUAUAUGCAGGUCACUACUGAUGUUAUGGUUUGAUAAUUGAGGCAGUUUUAACAGGUAAGUGAUUUUAUUUACUGACCAAAAUAUCACAUUAAAUGGUGCUAUCCCAUGCAGUUGUAGCAAUACACUGCGUUGUAAUACUAAACCGAUUGUUUGUUCAUUCCCUGUCUAGUGCAGUGAAUUUGAGAUGAUAUUCUGUCUUGAAAUUAUUGAGUAUUCUGAAGUCUCAAACACACUUGAUGGGUAAUAAAUUAUUUAACCUCAA